CAACCCUUCCUCUCCCGCCGACUCUUCAGCUCCCUGAGCCCCCUCCGAUACGCCGCAAAACCCUCGCGCACGACAACGAUCCCAAGCAACCUCACCCGCAGCGCCGUCUCCAAGCCUCCUCCUCCUCCUCCUCCGAAAUCUCCUCUCCCAUCAACGAACCCCGCGACAACAACAUCACCAGUCGGUGGCACCGCAGGCUCAUCCUACGCCCUCGCAACACACCUCGCCCAGCGGCCCCAACCCACAGUCCUCUACGAAGCCGCCUCCCACCUCUGGAUGAAACUCUCCGCCUGGUCCGCCGCCACAAUGUUCUACUGCUACGCGGGGAUAAACUACUACUUCACCCUCCUCAACCCGCCCCCGGACCUCGCCUUCUGGGUCCCGCACGCCUUCGCCUUCAUCUGCGUCGCCACCGCCGGCUUCGGCUCCUACUUCCUCUUCAACGCGCGCAACAUUGUCAAGCUCAUCCGCGCCGUGCCCACCGCCUCUCUCUUAAAGCCCACCGCCGGCAAGGCAGCAGCAGCAGCGGCUGAUGUUCUCCCCCUGGGCGUGACCAGCGCAAAAGCCACACCCAUCGUGCUCGAGAUCACAUGCGAGCGCAUCCUCCCCGGAACCCCCAAGAAACUCCUCGUCGCGCCGGAGCAGGUCCGGAUCCCGGGCCGCAUCUACACGCCCUUCAUCGCGCCCACGCCCGCCAUGGAGAGGGCCGCCGCGCGGCAGAAAAAGGUGCAGGCGAAAGCCGACUGGGAGUACGACAAGAACCACCUCAUGACGACGCCGAUCCGGCACGCAAGCAAGGGGUUCAAGGCGGCGUGGUACGGCGUCCGGAGGGCCAUCACCAAGGAAGGCUUCAUGCGCAUGGAGGCUGGCGGGGAUAAGCUCAAGCUGGACGUUUCUACGGGCUGGGCGUUGGAUGAUGGACGGGCUAUUGAUCGGCUGGUCAAGGUU